AUGGUAGCCGCUUCGACCUUGCGGGCCGCGGCGGCAAAGCCUACUGCCAAGCAUGCCGCCGCCACGGCUGCUGGGCGGCUCAUCGCGAAGGAGCACCUCGAGUCGCUCCUCAUGCCAGCUGCCAAAGCAUACUUGCUCGGCUAUGUCAUGGAUAUCCUACCAGCCAUCCUCAAGGCCCUGAUUCGAUUCGUCACUGCCGAGCUCAAGCGCAUUCGAGCCUCCGAGAAGCGGCUCUUGGAAGAACGCAAGGUGGCAAAGGAGUCUGGACAACCUCGACGCAAACCAGGAUUGCUCGAUGGUCUCAAGCCCAUCUUGCCCAGCUUCUACCGUCUGCCGUCGCUGCUGCAUGCCAUCGCAAAGGCGUUGCUCGUGGCACUAGGCCCGAAUGGGAUGGCUCUCAGCUGUUUCCUUGCCAUGGCGGGCUGGAGGAUCUCCGAGACGCUCGUCUGGUGGCCCAUUGCCAAGUACUAUGCGCUCAAACUCGCCAACCCGGCUACGUCGUCCGAGGCUCAAACCAUGACUGCGUUGCGACAUGCGCGCGUGGCUUCCACCUUCGUCGCCUCCGCUCUCAGCUCAGCACUCGCCAUGAUGAUGCUGCAGCACCAGAGCGAGGCCGCCAUGGAAGCCAAGAAGGCCGCGGCGGCCGGCGCACCUCUGCUCACCAUCGACACAACCCCCGGCUGGAUCCCAAAGAGUCUGCGUCCUUCCAACCUCGGUUUUUUGAGCAGAAAGCUCAGCACGGGCGCUUCAGCACCUCGCAUUGCCAGUCUCGCCCCUGCGGGUCAUUUCCUCUCCAGACUCACCAGCCUCACUGUCCCUGGCUCACCAUCGCCUUUCACCAGUGGAAACGCGGGCGUUAGCUCGGUCAGACCAACGAGUCCAGUGCCGAGAUCACCGACCUCGCCCACAGCCACGCUUCAGCCCCUGCCUAGACUUUCGCAUCCACCAGCCUCGCCGCAGCUCGAUCAAGCACCGCAAUCUUCCAUUACUGUUGAGAAACCGCAAACACAUAGAAAGCCAGCUCUUGGCAGGCCGAGUCCCACCAUCGACCUCACCCUCUUCGCCCUGGUGCGAGGCAUGGACACGCUCGUCCGCGCCCUUGCCGCUCCUGCUGCCGCCCGCAAAGAUCGCCUGCGCGCCUCCACCUCUGCUCCCUCGGCCACCGCCCCGCGCUCCGGGGCGAGCAAGCUGCUCCGCCGCGUCGCACUGGGCAUGGCAGAUCAAGCCGAGGGCCUCGUCUUUGUCGUCUGCUGCGCCCAGAUCAUGUGGUCCUGGUUCUACCACCCCGAGCGUCUGCCUCCCACCUACGUCAAAUGGAUCACCAACCUCGCUACGAUGGACGAGCGGCUCCUCGUCGCAUUGCGCUGCAUCCACUCGCGCGGCACGCCGCUCCGAUGGGAAUAUCAGAGCAAAAAGAUGACGCCCAAUGGCGUCGGUCUUCUCGGCAGUCUCUCUGAAGCCCUUGGCCACCCUUACGAGUGGGGAGACCCCACGCGUCUACCCAAUACCUCGGCCCAAGCGCGCGAGAUGAUCGCCACCGCCCGUGCCGCCGCCGCCGCCUCCGGUCACAAGCCCACCCACCCGCACGAUGUACCCGGCUUCAUCCUCAACGGUGCCGCCGGGCCGCGCGGGCGCGGUGAGAUGGGCGGCAUGCCCUGCGAGCUCGUCCACUGCGGCACCGGUGGCGCCUCGUGCUACCGCAACGCGCUCUACCGUUGGAUCCGCGGUUUCCGAAUGAGCAUGGCCAUCUACUUCCCCGUCCACCUCCUCCCGCGUCUCCUCUUCAAUCCUAAAGGCUUCCUCGCCUCGCCCCUGCCCAACCUGCUCAAAGUCCUCACCGGCGCCGCGAGGUCAGCAGCGUUCCUGGCCACAUACAUCGUAGGCAACUGGUUCCCCAUCUGUCUCGCGCGUACCGCCCUCCUCCCACGUCUGUUCCCCAACGUACCGUUCAACUUCUGGGACGCAGGUAUCGGUCCGGCGAUCGGCAGCGUCGCGUGCGGCUUCAGCAUCUUUAUCGAAGAAAAGCGCAAGCGGGCCGAGAUGGCGCUCUACGUGGCCCCGAGGGCGUUGUUCGCGAUGGUCGAGAGUGCGAGACCGGGCUGGUUGAGUCAGGGGGAGCAGACGGCGUUGUGGGCGGAACGAGCGACGUUUGGUGCAGCCGUGGGGACGGUGGUGUGCGCAGCAAGGUAUAGGCCCGAUCUGCUACGUGGGAUUACGGCUGCCAUGGGCUGGGUGGCUAGACCACCAGGUUUGCCCGCCAGCGGAAGGAACUAUGCUAGAGAUGCAUAG